CUUUAAAUCGCGGCGCCCAGCGGGUCGGCGCCUCAGUACCCGAGCCUGAGAGCCACGGCAGCUUCUAGCAUCCGGACUCCAGCGUCACCCCGGACCCGGAACCCAACCCCGACCCGGACCCGGACCCGGACCCAACGUUCCUCCCGCGGCGGCGCAGAGAGCGGGACUCCCCGCGAUCACUUCCUCCGCGCGGCCCCGCCACCUCCUGGAGCCGCCGGCGCGCACCUGCGAACUCUCCGCCUUCUGCACCUGCCGCCCUUGAGCCGGUGCGGGCGCCCGGGCGAGCCAUGGCCAAUGCGGGGCUGCAGCUGUUGGGCUUCAUUCUAGCCUUCCUGGGUUGGAUCGGCGCCAUCGUCAGCACUGCCCUGCCCCAGUGGAAGAUUUACUCCUAUGCCGGCGACAACAUCGUCACCGCCCAGGCUAUCUAUGAGGGGCUGUGGAUGUCCUGCGUGUCGCAGAGCACCGGGCAGAUCCAGUGCAAAGUCUUUGACUCCCUCCUGAAUCUGAACAGUACUUUGCAAGCAACCCGUGCCUUGAUGGUGAUUGGCAUCCUCCUGGGACUGAUAGCAAUCUUUGUAGCCACUGUUGGCAUGAAAUGUAUGAAGUGCAUGGAAGAUGAUGAGGUGCAGAAGAUGCGGAUGGCUGUCAUUGGGGGUGUGAUAUUUCUUAUCGCAGGUCUGGCUAUUUUAGUUGCCACAGCAUGGUAUGGAAAUAGAAUUGUUCAAGAAUUCUAUGACCCCAUGACCCCAGUCAAUGCCAGGUAUGAAUUUGGUCAGGCUCUCUUCACCGGCUGGGCUGCUGCUUCUCUCUGCCUCCUGGGAGGUGCCCUGCUUUGCUGCUCCUGUCCCCGAAAAACAUCCUCUUACCCAACACCACGGCCCUAUCCAAAACCUACACCUUCUAGUGGGAAAGACUACGUGUGACACAAAAGCAAAAGGAGACAAUCUUGUUGGAACAAACAGAAAUGGACAUUGAAAUACUAAUCAUUGGCAUUAGGAACUUAGACUUUUGACUAUUGUAAUCUCAACUGUGGUAUUAAAAAAAAGAGUACCCCAUAUUUUUUAAACACCCAUUGCUAGAAAUGACUUAGUCUUAUAUUAUCUUCUUUCCUCAAUACAAGAGGGAAGACUUUUCCAUUUGUAUUACUGCUUCCCACUGAGUUGUCUUACUCAAAUGAAGGGAGGGGGUGCUCUCUAAAUAUAUAUAGAUAUGUAUAUAUACAUUUUUCUAUAAAAAUUAGACAAUUAAAAACUCUUCUCAGUAUGUUGAUACCAGCAUACUUAAAACAUCUUUAAAAUAGAAAAAUAUAUUUAAUUCUAUGUUGAU